AUUUGUGAUUUCAGAACGAAUCCGAGCUUAUACGGUGAACUUGCCAAAGGCCAGAGCCCUAAGGUAUUCAGUCUUCUUCAUUAUCGAUAUGAACUAAAUAUACUUCCAAUGAAUAGCUUAAGUGGUAACAGAAAUGAAAUGUAAAUUCAAAUGUUUUAAUUUUAAAUCUUGACAACCUCUUAGAACCAAACUUUAUGAAUACUCUAGUCCCGACAUGAAUGAUUUACAUUUGAGGGAGAAGAUUAAUUGACGAGACAUUAUUCAUGUGUGUGGCAGUUCAUGGUUUUUGCGUGCUCCGACUCCCGGGUCUGUCCGUCACAUGUGCUGGAUUUCCAACCAGGGGAGGCAUUUGUGGUCCGAAACGUUGCCAACAUGGUCCCACAAUAUGAUCAGGUUAAAUACGCUGGAGUUGGGGCUGCGGUCGAAUAUGCUGUUCUGCAUCUCAAGGUUAAAUACGCUGGAGUUGGGGCUGCGGUCGAAUAUGCUGUUCUGCAUCUCAAGGUGGAGAACAUUGUGGUAAUCGGACAUAGCUGCUGUGGUGGUAUAAAGGGUCUCAUGACUUUCCCGUUUGAUGUUCCCAACUCCACGUAA